AUGACAGACAAAAUCGAAAUGAGUUUGGAAGAUAUCAACAAAUCGCAGCAGCCACAGCCUGGCGGUAAUCGUGGAGGAGUCUCUCAUUCCGGCGAAAGAGGUAGCGGACCAAGAACAAGGCGUACUCAUAAUGGAUCAUCUGGUGGCGGACAACCACAUUCGAAUCGUGGUCCCUCAGCUGGUGGCGGCGGUGUCCUAAGGGGACGCAACCGAGGCGGAAUUCAACGUUCGAAAAACACACGAGGCGAUGUGAACAGCGCUUGGAAGCAUGCCAGCGCUCUGAAGCAUGACUUGCGAGAUCGUCUUUUGGCGGCAGCCGAACUUAGGAAUAGGAACUUAGGAAUAGGAGGACCUGUCGGACAGGGCAACACCAAGCUGAUGGUAUCAAACCUGGACUUCAGCGUAUCAGAGUCUGACAUAAACGAACUGUUUGCAGAUUGUGGACCUUUAAAAAGCGCAACAAUGCAUUAUGAUCGAUCGGGUAGAUCACUGGGCACAGCAGACGUUGUGUUCGAACGUCGGGUUGACGCAAUAAAAGCAAUGAAACAGUACAAUGGAGUCCCGUUGGAUGGACGGCCGAUGAGCAUACAACUAGCGACCUCGGAUAGCCCAUCAUCUCGCGUACCUCGGCUGGGUGGCGGAAGUGCUCCUACUCGUUCACCACGCAGAAACGUUAGCAGUGGACCGUCAAGAGGAGCCAACCGAACGAACCAUCGAGGUGGAGUUCCCCGCCAGCAGCAAAGGAAAAAAACAAUAACAGCGGAGGAGUUAGAUGCUGAACUAGAUGCGUACUUUAAAGAGUGUGUGUGA